AUGAGGAGCGGGAAAACACGAACAAGUAUAGUCAGCGGCGAUGUAGGCAAGCAGACAAGCAGACGAGGAAUGAAAGCAAGAAAGCAAGCAGUCACAGCGACGAUGUGGGCAAGCAGUCGAGGAAUGAAAGCAAAUAAGCAAGCAGACACAGCGACGUCAGGCACGCACAAGCAGACGAAGAAUGUAAGCAGAACAGCGAAGAGCCACGGUGACGUCACCACCACCACCACAACUAAGAGCCACAGUGACGUCACCACCGCCACCGCCACAGCUGAGAGCCACAGUGACGUCACGACCACCACAGCUGAGAGCCACAGUGACGUCACCACCACCACAGCUGAGAGCCACAGUGACGUCACCACCACGUCCACCACAGCUGAGAGCCACAGUGACGUCACCACCACCACAGCUGAGAGCCACAGUGACGUCACGACCACCACAGCUGAGAGCCACAGUGACGUCAACACCACCACCUCCACAGCUAAGAGCCACAGUGACGUCACCACCGCCACCGCCACAGCUGAGAGCCACAGUGACGUCACCACCACCACAGCUGAGAGCCACAGUGACGUCACCACUACCACAGCUGAGAAUCCGUUCAAAACGAGUACCCAUCAUCCACCCACAACCGCCUCCACCUCAACCCCAUCCACCCGCAAAAUCCGAGCCAAGUCUUGUGUGGAUUUCAGCGGCUGGGAAACUAGUGCAGCCUUUGUUAUUGCUCGCCGCGUCAUCGCCGUGAGAGCCGCGCAGUCGAAACUAGGCCUUCCGUCGCCUCCGCGUAAGGUCGACUUCCCUCCCAACCGUGCCGACGCCUCCCUCGCUGUCGAGACCCGCCGUGACAGCUCACGGAAGUUGGGAAUUCUGGCAAUACACAGGGUACACCUAACCGGACAUUCUCACUGCUCCAAGAAGUCAAUUUCUGUCCAGAAUCGCGAGAAUUCCGCCAACAUUUUGGGCGAGGCGCAACUGGUCGGGCGUGUGCUUAAGCCAGACGUGUUGGUUGAUGUCGUAACUAUUUUCGUGCGGUGUAUUGGUGUGUCUUCCCAGAUGUGUGGUACAGAUGACCUAUCAUAUCAGGGGACUCCGCCAGAUCGCGAUGGUUCAUAA